GCACGCGCCUGAGCCCGUAACUGCUGCCACGCGCGCUCGACGAGACGAGACAGAGGGAUGGCGCAGCUCUGGGCGGUGUUCCUGGCCGUGGGGUCGCUCGCCAUCGGCCUGCUCGGGGUGCUCGGAGUCUGGCUCUGCUACCUGUUCCAGGCCGUGGCGCUGGGCCCACCUCCCGCCCCGCCGCCCGACACGCCGGACACGAGCGGCGACGGCGACGGCGACGACAAGAACGGGCUAUCGGAGGCGGAGCUGAGGCGGCUUGGCGGGGUCGUCCAGGCGGAGGCCGCCGUCGACGACGAGGAGGAGGCGCUGUGCCCCAUCUGCCUCGACGCCAUGGAGCCGGGCCGCGCCGUGCGCGUCCUCCCCGGCUGCAACCGCGCCUUCCACCAGGACUGCGUCGAUCGGUGGCUGGCCAUCUCGCCGCGCUGCCCCGUGUGCAACAUCUGGGCCACGCCGCAGUCGCCGCAUGCCUCGCUGACGGUGGCCAAGACUGCUCCGGGGUGCUGACACGGGGGCGCGCGCGCGCGCUUUCUUGGUUCUUGACGAUUCUUGGUCCGCCUCUGAACUUCUGAUCAAGAAGCGUUCUUGACGUAACUCUAGUUAGUUUUCUUGGCUCGGGAGAGCGGUUCUUGUUAGUUUUCUUAGUCUGCUAUACAUGGUUGUGUACAGGAUUCUUGGACGUGAGACUGCAUGUAGUUACUACGAUUCUAGAAAGAAAUGAGUAGGGUUUUGCAGAUUUGGGUCUCUUUUCUUCUAGCAGAUCGUCACAGUUGGCCGCAUUUGGUCUAUUUGAUGAACAAGAGACAGUAAAUGCCGUGAAGAUAGCAAAUUAUGAUGUGGGGUAGCAUAUCCAUCCUAUUAAUCAGACGCCGAUUCUGAUUUUGUCGAUUUUUAUUCUUCUUUGAGCUGUCGGUUGAAAACACACUGCAAACAUCUAGUUCAAAUCAGAAGCGGUUACUUAAUGAAAUCAACAGUUACUCUGGGUUUUUUUUUUCAUUUUUUGCAGUGAAGCACUUACACUCUGCUGCUUGAGCUAUUUUGCAGAUCAGAUGCUCCAUGUUCGAUUCUUGUUUCCUGUUCUGUGGCAUAUGUAUUUGUGUAUUAUGAGUACUAGCACAGUUUGAAGCUUAAGCUUCCCAAAAUAUCAUUUUUUUCAGAAUUCGGCAUCACUAUCUGUGGCUUGUUAUGGUCAGAUGCUUCAGAAUUUAAUUUACUUGUGUGAACAAGUCAUGGAACUCAAGUUUCUUGGUUCUGAACUUGUUGCUAUUUUGUCAACCUGUCAUCCCAUGCUAUUCUUUCAGUCUAAUAAAGAGACACUCAGGUCUGAUCUUCUAAUUACAGGAGCAGAAUUUACUCUGAUGCCUCUUGCAAAUGUACAAAAAUUCCAGGCUUGAACGGAAGCACUGCACGGGCAUUGGAGUUUUCCUCAACUGUUUGCAGGAUCAGAGGAUAAUUCAAAUUCAGAGUUAAGCUUCUGCCCCGAUUACUGAUUACACAAUCACCUUUUCAAGCAGAAGCACAGUCUCUUCUUGAAGCCAAGGUGACUCAGCUCUUGCAGGUUCCUCAACCAACCUUUCUUAGACAACCUCUCUUUGGCGAAGGCGGCAGUGGCCAGAAAUAUUUGGGCGGACUCCACUCCGUGGACGAAUAGAAUUACUCUUGCAGAUUUCUCAAUCUUCAACCGGAGGUGUUUCACAUUUUCAGGGAGAUCAAUGGGAUAGCUUACAAUGUUGCUCAACAGGAGGCAACAACUGAAUUUUCAAGGUGCCUCAACGCCUGCCUCUUCCUGCCGGCUCUGCCACCCUCGCCGCCCUACCGCCUGACGGAGGAACUGGCCGCACCACCAUGCACCGCCACGCCGACGCCUCCUUGCACCACCCCGCCCACACGGAUGAGCCGCAUGCCGCCCGCCCGCCUCCCCGCACCGACGCCUGCUACUCGGAUGCUCAUCCGCUCCAUUUGUAUGCUUGUUUAAUGAAAGAUAAAAAAACAUAUUUUGGGAACUUUCCCUAAAACACCCCGUAAAACCACUUCUAUGUGGAGAUUUUUACAGGAGCUGUUGGAGAUGCUCUUAGGUGCGAUCGUUUGAAGAUG